AUGAAGGCUUCGACUGUCGCGGCCUCCGUGGCCGCCCUGGCCACUCGGGCCCUCGCCAGCAGUAGCAGCAGCAGCUGCCACUGCAUGCCCGGCGACAGCUGCUGGCCGUCGACCUCCAGCUGGGAUAGCCUCAACACCACCGUGGGCGGCCGCCUGGUGGCCACCGUACCCAUCGGCACCCCCUGCCACGACCCCAACUACAACGGCGACGAGUGCACCACCCUGCAGGACAACUGGUACUACCCGCAGACGCACUUCGUCUCGUCCUCGUCGGUCAUGCAGAGCUACUUUGCCAACCAGAGCUGCGACCCCUUCACUGCGGAGUCCCGUGCCUGCGAGCUGGGCAACUACGUGAGCUAUGCCGUGAACGUCUCGUCCGCCGCCGACGUCGCGGCCACCGUCAAGUUCGCCAAGUCCAACAACCUCCGUCUCGUCAUCCGCAACACCGGGCAUGACUACCUGGGCCGCUCCACCGGGGCCGGUGCCCUGUCCGUGUGGACGCACAGCCUGAACAGCGUCGCCUACGAGGACUACUCCGACUCGACGUAUUCCGGGCCGGCCUACAAGCUGGGCAGCGGAGUGAUGGGCUACCAGGUGCUGGAUGCCCUGGAGGGCUCCGGCCACGUGCUUGUGGGGGGUGAAUGCCCGACGGUCGGCCUGGCGGGGGGAUACACGCAGGGAGGAGGGCACUCGGCGCUGAGCACGAUGUUCGGCCUGGGCGCCGACCAGACCCUGUCCUUCGAGGUGGUGACUGCGGCGGGCGACAUCAUCACGGCGUCGCGCACCAACAACACCGACCUGUACUGGGCCCUCAGCGGGGGUGGCGCCGGGAACUACGCCGUGGUGACCUCCCUGACCGCCAAGGCGCACGCCGACGCCAUCGUCUCCGGCGCCGGCCUCGAGAUCACCACCGCCAACAUCACGACGGACCUGUUCUUCGAGGCGGUCGAGCGCUUCCACACCUACCUCCCCGCCAUGAUCGACGCCGGCACGACGGUCAUCUACGAGAUGACCGACUACGCCUUCCUGAUCAACCCCCUCACGGCCUACAACCAGACCUCCGCCCAGGUGGAGGCCGUCCUGGCCCCGUUCCUGUCCGCGCUGACCGAGCUGGAGGUGCCCUACACCGUCGCCUACACGCAGUUCGACUCGUACUACGACUUCUACGAGAACUACAUGGGCCCGCUCCCCUACGGCAACCUCGACGUCGGCACCUACAACUACGGCGGCCGUCUGCUCCCCCGCUCCACCAUCGAGGCCAACACCACCAACCUCGUCGCCGCCCUCCGCAACAUCACCGAGCAGGGCGUCAUCGCCGUCGGCGUCGGCCUCAACGUCACCUCCGCCAACGACACCGACAACGCCGUCUUCGCCCCCUGGCGCUCCGCCGCCGUCACCAUGCAGAUCGGCUCCCCCUGGAACGAGACCGCCCCGUGGGCCGACAUGGUCGCCGCCCAGCUCAAGAUCACCCACGAGCUCGUCCCCCAGCUCGAGGCCGUCACCCCCGGCGGUGGCGCGUACGAGAACGAGGCCAACUUCCGCCAGUUGAACUGGCAGGAGGCCUUCUUCGGCGAGAACUACGAUAAGCUCUGCCAGAUCAAGGAGAAGUGGGACCCCGAUCACGUCUUCUAUGUCACCAAGGGUGUCGGUAGUGAGUACUGGGAUGUUGCGGAUAAUGGCCGCAUGUGCCAGUCUGGUUCUUCUUGCUCCGCCUAG